AUGGAUUUAAGCAUGAAGUUGAUGCCUAAUAGAGGCAUAUCAGUUUCACAACUGGAGUACUCGCAAGCUAUUGGCUCUUUGAUGUAUGCUAUGACUACAACUUGUCCUGAUAUAGCUUUUGAAGUGGGAAGAUUGAGUAGAUUUACUCAUAAUCCUAGUAAUCAGCAUUGGCAAGCGGUUCAUCGUGUUUUCAAGUAUUCGAAAGGAACCAAGGAUUAUUGUUUGUGUUAUUCAAGAUUUCCUUCGGUCUUGGAAGGAUAUUCUGGUGCGAGUUGGAUAUCAAAUAGAGAAGAUCAUUCCUCUACAACUGGUUGGGUAUUCUUGCUUGGUGGAGGUGCUAUCUCAUGGGCAUCUAAAAAGCAAUCUUGUAUAGCAAGUUCAACAAUGGAAUCUGAUUUUAUUGCAUUGGUUGCUGCAAGCAAGGAAGCUGAAUGGUUAAAGAAUUUUAUUUAUGAGAGUCCAUUCCAUUGUGGAGGAAACCGAUUUCGCCAUUAUCUAUCCGCUGUGAUAGUGUUUCUACUUUGA